AUGGUUUCCAGCGAUGUCGAGAGCUUUUCUUAUGGCCUGAAAGACAAAUUAAGCUCAUGGGUAAGCCGGACGGAGUUUUUACUGCGUGGAAAAAGUCCCAGAGCCUUAUCGAUCAAAGCAAUUGCAAGGAAAUAUGGUGAUGAGAACUUGACCUGCUUUCAAGACAGCUAUUCAAAAGCAGUCCACGGAGGGCAUGCAAUUGACUGCCCAAAGUCAUCGGAAACACAAAGGAAGGACUUUCGUGCCCCCAAAAAUCCUAUAGUAUUAUGUCACGGACUUUCAGGAUUUGAUCGACUAGUAUUACUGCCGUCAAUGGGACAGCUGACGAAAAUCAUGAGCAACCACUCUGCUUCUGCUAAUUCGGACCAGCAUAUGGAGCAGGAUACGGAGGAGUCAAGAUUGAAAGGUUUGUGGGAAGUGGAAUACUGGUUUGGCGUCCAGCAAGCGCUUGAGGCCAAGGGCUGCACAGUAAUAUCUACCCGCGUCCCUGGCUUCUCGACUAUCCAGGAAAGAGCCAAAGCUCUAAAUGAGUGCAUAGAACGGGAAACGGAACAUCUCAGGGUGUCUCAAAAUCCCGAUGAGACUUACAAUGUCGGAAAGCAAGAAACAAACAAAACCAACGGGAUCCAAAAGCCUGUCCAAGUCAAUUUAAUUGCACACUCUAUGGGUGGUCUGGAUUGCCGAUAUCUUAUUUCCAAGAUAGAGAACAAGAAUUUUGACGUGCUCAGUCUAACUACGGUUUCGACGCCUCAUCAUGGAUCUGAGAUGGCAGAUUUCGUUGUGCGACUGUCGGAAGACCUUCGAAAAGGCAUCUCGGCGGACUCAAAACUGAAAAUUUUACCACCCGCGAUAUACCAACUGACUACCAAAAGCAUGGAGGAAUUCAAUAAGGUCACACCGGAUCAUCCGAAAGUGAAAUACAUGAGCUACGGAGCCUCCAUGCAGCCCAAAUGGUACAAUCUAUUCUUCACUUCGUGGAGAGUUGUUCAUGAACUUUCUAAUGGCGCACCAAACGAUGGGCUAGUAAGUGUCCCAAGCAGCCACUGGGGCGAAUAUUUGGGCACUAUAGAAAAUGCUGACCAUCUUGACAUCAUAAACUGGAAAAAUAAAUUUCAAAAGGAAAUCUCAAGAGCCCUAGCUCCAACUGAUUCUGUUAAGCAGGGAUUAGAGCCCGAUGUAGAUAUGUUGGACUUCUACUUGGGAAUAGCUGACAACUUGGCUCGCAGAGGCUUUUAG